CCACCUAAAUUGUAGCAGUCACCUUACACCUCCGCCACAUGCAAGCUUAACUUAAAAAAGGUCAACUUGCUGAUCCAACUUUUGACAUCAAACUUGUGGAGACAUAAAUUUGAGAGUAUACACAAGCGCAAUAACUUACGCAACAUCAGCACCCUGAGGCAGGUGAACUAGAACAAAAACAUUUACUGAGAAAUUAACUGUGUGGGCUCUUUUUUUUUGUCUGCACCUACGAUGAUAAGAUCACAUGAAAUUAAUGACAGCAAAGUUUAAACCAGACAGCUCAAUGGCAAGUCUCCAAAUACCUGGCAGCACAGGGUCAUAUGUAAACAGUUUAGCAUGCAUAUGUGGGAGAACAUUUGCAUGUUAGAACAAAGAACAAUUGUCUGGCUUCCUUUUUCAGUCAAGCGUUAUACAAAAGGGAUAUAAAGCUCACAGGUAUCACAUUUUUAUUGUUUUUCAUUAGGCCCAGUCCACUGCUUAAAUGGUCUGCCUUUUCACUUGUUUACACAUAACAGCUGUGGUAUCUAAGCUCCAGGCAUGCCAGUGGGUCAGUCUUAAGUUUUUCAGCAACUAUAAAUUGUAUUGCCAUUGGAUUUUUGAACUGUAAGACAGUCGCAGUCCCCAGAUGGUGAAGCCUGCUCACUUCGGUGAUCCCCUGACUUUUUGUCUUGUUUUCAGCUACCAUUAAAUCCAAAAUGUUGUUUGUCUAAUACUCUGCUAAUUCUGAAAUGUUACCAUACUAACACACUAACUGAGAUGGUGAUCGUGGUCAACAUUAUACCUGCUAAACAUGUGCAUAUUAGUGUUGUGACUACGGUAGCCUCGCCUACACUCUCUCAUACAUUUCAAACCUGGAGACUUGAAAAAAAAAAGAAUUUUCAUUGACUGAAUGACUUCAGUGAUGGAAAUAUAUUUAUGUGACAACUUUAGUUAAUAGUUACUUUCAAUAGUACAUGCUGUAACAGAGCCGAAAUAGCACAUUCUAAGUACAUUUAUUCUCUUUGCAAUGUGAUAAAAAACACUGAUUCCUGUCAAAAAGUGCUGAAUAUCCAAUCUCAAUACACAGGCCUACAUGCAAAUAUUUGUAUAAUUUAAACCUACUUUACUGUAUUUCUUUUUUUACAUAAGUACAUUCAUUCCCAGAAAAUGGAUUUUGAGAGGCUUUUUAAAUCAUAUGUAUCUAUAUCAGACUUUUAGUACUCCUCAGGGCGGCCUGAGGCAUAAGUGAACUAAGCAGCUGCCAAUCAAGAAAAAAAAAAAAUUCUCUUUUUUUUCACAUAUUAAAUAAAGGGGGGCCCCAAAUCAAAUUCUGCUCAGGGCCCCCAAAAGUCUUGGGCUGCCACUGGUAUUCCCCCUACUUUGGUACAACAUGACUGAAGGUGGUUAGCAAAGUAUACUAAUAGUUUAGCACUCUAUCUGUACUUUUACCCAAGCAUGCUUUUAGAUAGUAGCUUACAACACUGCUUAGAUUCAUAUUCUGGGAAAAUGGCCUAACUGAAUGCUGGAUUUUUUUUUUUUUAUUCACCUCAAACAUCACUGGUAGCUUUAUGCUAGCCUAUAUUCUGUCUGCCACUUUAUUUAAAUCUAACACUGAACACAUACACUCCAAUUAACACGGUGUUCCUUUUUAUUUAGCUUUAACACCUUAAAACCCAGCUGUUCGAGGUGAAUGAGCCACAGGCUGCCGCUGAGAAUUAUGAAUCCUCCACUUGACACUGAGGUUAUCACACAUGCUUAAUUACACUGACAGUUACAAGACAAGUUGAAAUGAUGCGUGCCCGACCCGCCCAACUUUCCCCAACAGCCGUUAGGCUGCGUAUCAGGUAACUGAAGUUAACCAGACAGCCAAGCCGCCACACCCUGACGGCCGCACAUGUGAUGGUGGAGAGCAUCUUCCACCGAAAUGUUGGGCCGCUCCCACUCCCCGGGAGGAGGCUAUAAAACCAUCCUCCGGUCCGCCUCAGCCGUAUCUCCCUCGCAUCACUCCCUGGGGUUUGACAAGUUGAAGAGAGAGCUGCACCUGAGUCAGAGAGAGCUGAAGUCAACAUGUAUCGUCCUAUGAAGUCCUCCAUGUCCGUGUCCUCUGUGCAGACACUGACCGGCUCCAGGCGGGGGGGCACCAGCGUCUACGGCGGUGCAGGUGGCAGAAACACCCGGGUGUCCUACGCCUCCGACGGCCUCGGCAGCAUGGCAGGGUCGCUCUACGGUGCCGGAGGAACCAACAACGGCAUGUCCGUUUCAGGCAACGAGAAAGUGACCAUGCAGAACCUCAACGACCGUCUGGCCGCGUACCUGGAUAAGGUGCGCUCCCUGGAGGCUGCCAACGCGCAGCUGGAGCGUCAGAUCCGAGAGUGGUACGACAAGCAGACCCCCACCGCCAGGGACUACAGCAAGUACCUGGUCAUCUGCGAGGACCUGCGCAAAAAGAUCAGUGUUGCCACACAGGACAAUGCCAGGCUGAUGCUGCAGAUUGACAAUGGCAGACUGGCAGCAGAGGACUUCAGAAUGAAGUUUGAGAAUGAGCUGGCAGUGCGCAUGUCAGUGGAGGGGGACAUCGCCGGACUGCGCAGGGUCCUGGAUGACCUGACCACGACCCGAUCAGACCUGGAGAUGCAGGUGGAGGGUCUGAAAGAGGAGCUGGUCUACCUGAAGAAAAACCAUGCCGAGGAGCUCGCAGCCAUGCGCAACCAAGUGUCUGCAGGGUCUGUCAACGUGGAGGUGGAUGCCAAGCCUCAGGAUAACCUGUCCACGAUCAUGGACGAGAUCAGAGCUCAGUACGAGGGCAUCGCUGAGAAGAACCGCCGCGACAUGGAGUCCUGGUACAAGGUCAAGUUUGAUGACCUGAACAAGCAGGUGGCAACCAGCACAGAGAACCUCCAGACCUCCCGAAGUGAGAUCACCGAGCUCAAGAGGACCCUGCAGGCGCUUCAGAUUGAGCUGCAGUCCCAGCUCAGCCUGAAAGCUGCCUUGGAGGGCCAGCUGGGGGAGACAGAGUCCCGCUACAGCCUGCAGUUGAACCAGCUCCAGGCCAUGGUCAACUCCCUGGAGAAUGAGCUCAGCCAGGUGAGGGCGGACAUCGAGAGGCAGGCCAGGGAAUACCAGAUUCUGCUGGACAUCAAGACCAGGCUGGAGAUGGAGAUCGCUGAGUACAGGAGACUGCUGGACGGAGAAGAUACAAAGAGAACUGUCGUCACAACAGUACAAAAGAAAGAAGUAGUGAAACCUCAACCGGUCGUAAGCAAGCGGACGAGGGUGGUGGUUGAGGAGAUUGUUGAUGGAAAGGUGGUGUCCCGCACAGAAGAGGUGGACUCAGAGGUCAUCAAGGGUGAUAAAAAAUGAAUAAGGAAUUUCCUCGAUGAGCCCCCCUGCAUUUCUUCUGUUCAACUGUCCUCUAGUGUGCCCUCCUGAAAUACCAAGUGUACACGUUAGGUGGCACUGUGGCCCUCGUAAGAAUGCAAACCCACUUUGAGGAAUUUCAUAUUGUGCUGGAUUUAAUAAAUGAAUUGUUAAAAUGUUUUCUCUAUUAUCAGUGUCCUUAUGAAAGAGUUAGGUCAUAGACAGAAAGCUGUUAGAAAAUAACUGUAGUAUAGCUUGUGUACUGAUGUGAAUUGGAUAUGUGCAUCUUUUUUUUUUUUUUACUUUCUGAAGAGAAUAAACAUCUGCCUUCCACUUGUUUCCUCUCCCUUUGCACAAAGAUGUGAAAGCUGUAAAAUAGCACACACGAUAUAGAGACUUUUGUGUCUGCUGUUCUUCUUCCCAUUACAAUUAUUUUGUCGAAGACGAUACAAAGCUAAGAAGCGUAUGAGAUGGUUCCUGUUGUGAGGCUGCAGUGUUAUGUUAACCCUCACAAAGUAUUUGUUGUAUCUCUAAAAACU